AUGGUACUUCUCGUAAGUUUAUCAUUAGUGGUGUCGAUGAAGAUUACUCCACUUCUGAAUAUAUUUACUCAGUUGAUUUCACCAAUGCAUUUGAUGGUAAAACAUGUUCUGAUGAGGAUUUUGAAGAAUUUGUCGCUAGACAAAUUGAUGAUAAUGAACCAAUUUGUGUUUAUGGACAUCGUGAAAAAUUCAAGAGAAGAAAGCAAGAUGCUAAAUGUUUUGUUAAUAAACUUUUUGAAGAUGUUAAAGUCAUUGAUGAUCCUUGUCAAUGUACUGAAGUCGAUUUUGAAUGUAAUGUUGGAUUUAAGUUAUCUGAAAAGGGAGCACAUGUUUGUGUUCCUGAUGCUAAGCAAAUUUCUAAAAUGUGUCAAUCCAAGAAAGAAUUGA